CAAAACCCGCGAAAGGGGGGAGGGAGAAGAGCCUCGUUUUGUUUACAGACGCUUUAGCCGCUAACAGGCUAACUGCUCUUUUUAACCAAACAGCGGCUUAUUUUGGUCAAAUUAGGGCGAUUAAGGGACAAAAUGGUAAUACUCCAUAUUUUCCAGGCAGAUAAUCUGAGAGGAAACUGAGAAGGAGAAGCGCGGAGCUCGGGGUUUGUGAGAGUCGCUCCAGGAACCGAUCCGGACCGCAGAGCUGCUGAAUUCUUCAUGUUUAUCUCGUGGCCACAUGAACAGAUUCAGCCCAUUAAACAGUAAAACCUCUUCAAGCGCAGUGAGACAGAAAGGUCUGGGCGGAAAGGGGUGAAAGUGUUGGAAAAGCCGCUCGCCGUGUGAGCGAACCCGCCUCUGCUGUGAAAUGUCUCUGGUUUGCUACGACAGCAGCGACGACAGUGACCGCGAUGGAGCCCCGAGUCCCGCGGCUACACGACCCGAACCGAGCCGGGCUCCUGCCGAGAGGAAGCUAGACCUGCCGAGGCCCAGAAAGCGCGGGGAGCCGGUGAAAAUCUCCGUCCCGGAGAUCAACGCAGCGAGUUCGGAUUCAGAUGAAGAUGAACCUGUGAGAAAGAGAGCAGGAGCUCAGGGUGGUGGUCUGUCGUCUCUGCUACCCCAACCUAAAAACCUGGUGUUGAAGGAAACGCAGCGCCCCCUGCUGCCUCACACCCUCACUAAACGCCCCGCGUCUGCGCCGCAGUCCAAAGGGAAGCCAGGCUCGCAGGCCGUCUCUGGUACGAGUCCGUCUCCGUCCGCCAUCAAGGCCGCGGCGAAAUCCGCAGCGCUGCAGCUGGCCCGGCAGAUGGCGGCCGACGAGGAGGGAAGUGAUGAUGAACUCGCUCCGGAAAACUACUUCUCCCUCCCGGAGAGCUCCACGCAGCCCGCCGCCGCCCCUUACCCGGAAGCUGAACCGUAUGCCCCCUCCCUUCACCCUCCCCCCAGCAUGGAGGACGCCCCCCUCGACUUCAGCUCGAAGGCAGAGUCGCACCCCAAGCCCACCUGGGCUGAUUAUCAGAGAGAUGAUUACCAAACCCAAAAUCAGGAGACGGGGGAUCCAUCACCAAAACCCUGUCCUCAGGAUUAUUACAGUGAGGGGUUCUACCAGGACCACAGUGCUGGGUUCAUUGAAGAGGAAGAACCAGAAUCUUCCACUCUGUUCAAUGAUGAAGCAUUCCGCAGGUUACAGGGCAAACAGAACCGGGGUAAAGAAGAAAUCAAGUUUCUGGAGAUUAAAGGAGAUGACCAGCUGAGCGGGAGCCAGCAGUGGUUGACCAAGAACAUGACUACGGAAUCAGAGCCACGGAAGUCCUUCAGUAAAAAAAAAGGAGAUCAACCAACAGGGCAGCAGAGACGCAAACACCAGAUCACGUAUCUGAUUCAUCAGGCUAAGGAGCGUGAGCUGGAGCUGAAGAACAACUGGGCUGAUAAUAAAGUCACCCGGCGACAGACGCAGGCCAAGUACGGCUUCUAGCGGAUGGCGUGCUAAUAGGCUCGUUAGCUAUGCUAAGCUAACUGCAGCUCAUUUUUGUUUCGAGUCUGAGUUUAUGGAGACUCAGUAGACAAAGUUAUGGAAGCCCAUCAGGUAGAGAAAAACAUUUUUCCCCUCCUGUUCUGUUUCUGGCAGCGUCAAACUGGCUUAGUAUCUCAAUAUUGACUUAUUUUCUCAAAAUAUUUAUCAAUAAUGGCAUUUUUUUUGAGUUUUUGAGUAUUUUUUGAGUAUUUUGAGAUACUGUGUCAAAAUAAUGAUUGCAUUUCAAUCAUUGUUUCAGCAUAUUAAGUCAGUAUUUUGAGAAAACAAGUCAUUAUGCCAGAAACAGAGAAGGAAAAAAAUGAGUGGUAGUUUUUUUUUUUCUCCUCUGCUUGGUGGAAAUGGGCUUCUAUACGAAGUGGGUACCAUUAGAAUAACUUCACUGCCGAACCUGCACGUAGUUUUCCAUCUAAUGUUCUAGCAUCAUUGACUCUCUUCCUGCUGCGCUAACAGUCUGCGUGGACAUUCUGUACCGAAAGAUGGAAUCCAAAAGUCGAACCUGUCUGCUCAUCGCCCCCUGAAGCAGCAGAGAUGCUUCAGCAGCUGCUCGUCGGCUUCUGUUGUGAAUGAUUCGGUGGGUUUUCUGCUCUUUAACUACAGUUGAAUGCAAACGUCUUGGUCAAAUUCCAUGUUGUUGUUUAUUUGAAUAUGAAUAAGUGACCACAUCCUCUACAGAGACACACUUCUGCACAUUUCAAUACACACUUACUGUUUAUUUACUAAAUUUAACACACUGGAAAACACAAAAUGUGGUUCAUAUUAGGCCACAUUUAAUGUUAGAUCUUUUCAGGAUGUCAAAUUCAGCUCAUAAAUAGAAAUUUUCCUCUAAAAUUUGGAGAAAAUGACCAUAUUUAAGUUUGUUUGUACAUAUUUAAACAUGUAGUUUGUUCGGACUUUUGCGUACGACUGUGAGUCUAGGGAAAUGAAUCAGUAGACAAAGUUCUGGAAGCCCACCAGGAAGAGAGGAACAUUUUUUUCCCCCCCUUUUGUUUUGGAAACUGUCCAAAGUCAAACUGACUUAAUAUCUCAAAAUAUUGAAUUUUCUUGAGCUUUUGAGAUACUACACUCUUAAAAAAGAUGGUCCUGUAAGGGUUCUUGGGUAAAGAAAAU